AUGUCCUCGAUUGGAUCGACAAAUCUGAGAGCUGAGAGCUCAUCGGAGGAAGCACAUGCAAGGGUUGAAUUCUAUUUACGAAAAGACUCAACAGAACAGCUAAAGAUUCCAGACCGAAUUGAACGUAACGUUAGCAUGAAGAAAGAUUUCAUAAGAAACAAGUGCAAAUGUAUUGUAGUAGCUUAUGCGUCGCCGGUUAUACGCGGAACAACCGCUGGCGCCACACCUAUUUCCCGUUAUGAAGAGUGCAUGAUGGCAAUUUAUCGACAUGAAAGAGACCAGCGCCAACGACGCUGUCAACGAGCAAUGCUUACGCGUACAUGCUCUCGAUAA